AUGCAACAGGCUGGUCUGCUCAAUCAAACUACUUUAGUGACAUAUUUUCAGCUUCAAGGUUUAUCUGUAAAUCAGAAGGUGCAGGUGGCCGUGUUUGUCAUGUUCCUCAUUCUCUAUGUUCUGACACUGAUUGGGAACAUCCUCGUUGUCAUAACUAUUACCUAUGACCGCCGGCUCCACACCCCCAUGUAUUUCUUCCUCAGCAACCUGUCCUUUAUCGAUGUCUGCCACUCCACAGUCACUGUCCCCAAGAUGCUGAUAGAUACUUGGUCAGAGAAGAAGCUCAUCUCCUUUGAUGCCUGUGUAACUCAGAUGUUCUUCCUGCACCUAUUUGCCUGCACAGAGAUCUUUCUCCUCACUGUCAUGGCCUAUGAUCGCUAUGUGGCCAUUUGCAAACCCCUGCAGUACAUGACAGUGAUAAACCGGAAGGUAUGUGUGCUGCUGGCUGUGACCCUCUGGACAGGGGGGACCAUUCACUCCAUAGCCCUAACCUCCCUCACCAUCAGGCUGCCCUACUGUGGUCCUGAUGAGAUUGACAACUUCUUCUGUGAUGUACCUCAGGUGGUCAAACUGGCCUGCACUGAUACCCACAUCAUUGAGAUUCUCAUCAUCUCCAACAGUGGGCUUAUUUCUGUGGUCUGUUUUGUGGUUCUCCUGGUGUCCUACACUGUGAUCCUGGUAAGUCUGAGGCAGCAGGUCCACAAGGGCAGGUGGAAAGCCCUGUCUACCUGUGCAGCCCACCUCACUGUCGUCACACUGUUCCUAGGACAUUGCAUCUUCAUUUAUUCUCGUCCGUCCAUCAGCCUCCCAGAGGACAAGGUGUUCUCUAUGUUUUUCACUGCUGUCACCCCCCUGCUGAAUCCCAUCAUCUACACCCUAAGGAAUAAAGAGAUGAAGAAUGGUUUGAACAAGUUAAUUUGUAAAAAGGAGAGGAAAGAAACAAAAUAA